AUGCAGUACCAGUGUGCGAAGAUCAGCCCAGAGUGCUGGCAUAUCGACACUUCUUGCAUCGUGUUCCUGCGCAUCAAGGUGGUCCAUUGGCAGUUCCACAUUCAAAAUCCCGUGGAUCACAAUGGUGCCGUGGUGGCGCCGGUCACAAGAUGUCAGGACACGUAUCUGCAUUGUCAAGAAUCAAAGUGCGAUGCAGCAAGGAUCUCCGAAAGGCUAGCAAUUCACAGUGAGAGAAGUCAACGUAAUCCAAUACAGCUUGAGUCCCAGAUCCGUCAUAGCGGCUCCAUCACACAUGUCAAUUCGCAUAUGGCUAGAAACCGUAUUGUGGGCCAUGAAGUAGCUCGUGAAUUCUUUGUGAAGCGACAGCGUACUGAUAAAUGCAUUAGUGUUGUCAUCUUCGCCAGUGCGAUAUGGAUCAUAUUCUGGAAGCGCGGUGGAUCCACCCAAUGGAUGCUGGGCAUUACCUCUACCAUUCUGUUCUCUUUCGCAACCAUUCAUAUCUCAGUCUCCUUACAACAGCUCCUUGAGGCAUUCAUAUAUAUUCCGCCCGGCGCAUCCCCGCUCUAUUCCACUCUUUAUUGGACCAAUGAUACUACCUCGUUAUCUAUCAUAAAAGAUGUGCUCUACGAUACUACCGUUUGGCUGCAAGACAUCGUGCUCCUCAUCGUCGAUCUGGCCCACAUGGCGGCAGCGUAUGGCGCAACCAUUCUCGAUGUUCGUGGAACAGUCAGCAUCUACAGCCCAGUGGUGAAGGGACUUGGCUUGGCUGGAUGGUCCCUGGACCUCGUUGUCAACAUUAGCGUCACGCUGGUGAUUGCUGCGCGGCUGUGGUAUAUGGGAAUGAAGGUCACCAGUAUGACCUCUAGCCGGACGCACAGCUCCGAUCAACAACAGAACAAGUAUCUCGCACCCAUCUUCACCAUCAUAGAGUCUGGCGCACUCUUCGCCGCUGUCACACUUGUCAUGCUCAUCCUAUACCUCACCGGCAAGCCUGUGACUUUGGCUGCUCUAGGCAUUGCCACCCAGCUUGCGGUGACCACCCCCCUUCUUAUCAUCGUCCGUGUAGGACUGGGCCUGACCCACGGCCUGCCUAAGGCGUAUAAGGACUUGUCGACCAGCUCCACUGUUUCAGAUUUCAAAGCAGCGACACUGUCUCAAUCGAAAACAUUCGGUGGCAGUGCCAUUCGUUUCGCUCCGUCUCGCGAUAUUGCGACGUCAAGUGCUUCAUCACAAGGAGAAAUGGUGUAUGUGAUGCAGGAUUUCAAGGUGACUGAUGGCUUGGGUAUCGAUGAAGUUGCUACAAAGUAG